AUGGCAAAAUUUAUAAAUGUUAAGCCUAGCGAAUAUCAUCCACAGUCACAAACGACAGUAAUAACAUAUUCAUCACCCUCAGAUUCUCAUCAGAUUAGCACAUCUCAUGAUGCCAAACCUAGAAAACCAAUAACAAGCAUUCCACCUCCUGUCUAUGAAAUGGCAACAUACGAUUCGAAUUCAUUGAAAUCACUGAAAGAACAACCAAUUGAUUUAGCUACAUUUAAUCGUUUAAAAUUCGUUUGGUUAGAUCCUUUGCUGUUUGAAACACGUGACAUUUAUGACCAAAUUAGUGGUAUGUUUCAGUGGGAGAUGUGUGAAAGUCAAUAUCAAUGUGUUAAUUAUAUUUGUAAUGAGUGUGCUAAUAAACGAGUAUUUUUUAUUACGUGCGGUUCACUUGGAACAAAAGUUGUACCUCUGGUUCAUGAUUUACCACAACUUUAUUGUAUUUAUGUCUAUUGUGCAGAUGUUAUAUAUAAUCAAAUAUGGGCGAACAAAUUUUCCAAAAUACGUGUUGUUUGUAACAACGAUGACAAAUAUUUAUUACCUCAAUUUGCUGUUGAUGUGGCACAGGCCAAUAUUGAUUGGGGAAAUGCACUUUUGAAUGCUGAAUACUCUGUAAAAAAGUCAGCAUCAGCAUCAACUGCAUCAAAAACUGACGCUCGACUGCAUGUUAAUCAAGUAAAAUUUCACAAUUAUCCUUCAACUGUUUUACAACAUGUAGUUAUGCCUGCAAGCAAUCUACAAAUCAACAAUCUUUCAUCUAUUCCUCUUUUUCGACCACUGAAUAAAAAUAUAAACAAUUAUCCAUGUAUAUUUUCAACAAAUGGAUAUUCGCAAGCAUAUCCACUAGAUAACAGUAAUUCCCCAUCGGAAUCAACUGUUUCUUCAAGUAAACCUCUUUCUACUGAUCCAAUAUCGACAAGUUCUGCAACAGCACAGAUCCCACCACUAAUGUUUGUGAAAGUAUCACUAUUCCAACAACAAUCAUAUGAGAAUCCUACUUUACAAAAAGCAACACAACAUACACCAGUGAAGAUUGAUGACUUUUCUGCAUCAACAUCUCAGCCUUUAACUGCACAGAAUAUGAAACAAUCGAAUUCAUGUGAAUCAACAAUAUCAACAGUAUCAACGCAAAAACGGCAAAGAAAGUCAUUAGUUAUUAUUGACCCAGUAUCAAAUAAGCCAAUUGAAAUUCCUACACAAUCAACAAAUCUAUCAACAAUAGAAUUAUCAUCGUCUACAAACAUAGAAAAUGAAAGAUAUUCAACGAAACCAACGACUAUCAACUCAGUUGUAUCUCAUAUAAAAUUGACAGUUGAUAACAGUGACAGAUCAAUUCAAGCUGAUUGUUGA